CAACCUGUGUAGGCCCCUGCAAGCUGUCUAUCUCCUGAACGCGUGCACCGACUUGGCUCCCCGCGUCGCUGCCUGCAAAAUGCAUGAAUGAAAAUCCACCCUGGAAGGGGCGCGUGGUUCGGAGAGAGAGCCAGGGGCGAGCUGCACCGCGUCCCGAGAGAGGGAACAAGACGGGAACCCAGGAGAGCGGAGACCAUUCAUUGCUGGGCGUCCCCGGGCAGAGGAGGCAGCUGGGCGUGCUGCCCUGCAAGGGGCCUGAUUAAAGGCUGGUUGCCGAAACUGAAAUCUGAUCCCCCCGGCAGCUCCACGCUGGGUCGGGCCCGGGUCCUGGGUGGAGAGGGGGUUUGCUCUGGGCUUGCAAAGCAGGGCAGGGUUUUGUUUUCAAGCCGAGCCCAUAUAGGUCCGUGUUGCUAAAAUCCAGAGGGGGAAGAUGUAACAGCAGCGUUCGUGGCUGCUACGCGAGCCUGAGCUGAAAGCAGAGCUUUUAACUCAGAGCCUUUGCAAACAGAGAUGAAUUCUCCCAAAACUCGCUACUUGGUUUUCUUUCAGUACUUUGGUACUAAAUAUAGUGGUGUCAUGGAGACGUUGACUAAUCAGCCUGUGCUCGGUGUCCAGAAUUACUUGGAGCGGGCAGCACAGAAUCUCAGACCUGUCACUCCCAUCAAGUUCUACGUCUCCAGCCGAACGGACACUGGCGUCCAUGCCCUCUGCAACUCCGCUCACCUGGAUGUCCAGAGAGCUGUCGGGAAGCCGCCUUUCCCUGCAAGCGUUAUUGUCUCCGCCCUCAAUUACCACUUGAAACCCGAACCAAUCCGCAUUCUGAGUGCCUAUCGGGUGUCCGAUAACUUCCACUCACGCUUCUCUGCACUAUCCAGAACCUACAUUUAUCGGCUGGUGACAGGCUGCUUUCACCAUUCCCAAAUACCGGUCUUUGAAAGGGAUCUGUGCUGGGCUCCCAAGGGAGACCAUUUGAAUGUGCCUGCCAUGCAGGAAGCAGCGGAUUCCCUCCUAGGCACCCAUGACUUCAGCACCUUCCGCUCAGUCAGCUCUGAAAAACCUUUCAAAUCUCCCAUUAAAACCCUGGCCCAGGCAGACAUCCGACCUUCUUCCGGCUUCAUGUCGCAUCACUAUGAAUACAGGGGACUGCAGUUCUGGGAGCUAGAAUUCAGGAGCAGAUCAUUCCUCUACAGGCAGGUACGAAGGAUGGCAGGGGCUCUGGUAGCAGUUGGCCAAGGCAGGCUGGAUCCUUAUCACAUAAAGGAACUAUUAGAGAUGAGAGACCCGCUGGCUUAUCCACUAAACACAAUGGCUCCGGCAGCUGGACUCUUCUUGAAAUCUGUGGAGUAUGACGAUGCUGACGUGGACACAGAAGGUAACGCAGCAGAAUAGCGGCCCUGUGAGAUGUGCAGCUGUUCCUGAAAGAACUCGGUUGGUGGGGGCC